GUCGCGUUUUAACCAGGGAGUGAGAUGCAGGACGUUUAAGGUGGAGCUGGCUGAGUUGGGCUUCUCUGUUCAAGCGGGUGGAAGUUUCAGGAUCUUCAGAGGUUCGAGGUCUGAUGUUACCUGUUGAUUCCGGGGGUUUAUUAGUGUCAUGGAGGCCGAGGUGUUUCUAUGGAUGGAUCGUUUCAGUAGUGAGCUGGGAUCCACGGUGAUGAAGCACCUCCAUCUCUAAACCCUGCUGGACUCUGGGAGAAGUUCAGUGGCUGCAGGCCUGUUGGGGGUUGGAGGCCCUGAUGGUGUCGUCAUGGUGAAGGAUGUUCCGGAAAGUCAAGAAGCGCCACAGCAGCAGCAGCUCGCAAAGCAGUGAGAUCAGCACUAAAAGCAAGUCUGUAGAUUCUAGUUUGGGGGGGCUCUCCAGAUCGAGCACGGUUGCCAGCCUCGACACAGACUCCACCAAGAGCUCAGGUAACAGUGCAUCUGAUGCGUGUGCUGAGUUCCGGGUGAAGUACGUGGGCGCCAUCAAGAAGUUACAGUUUGACAUGAGCAGGACGCUGCAGGAGCCUCUGGACCUCAUCAACUACAUUGAUGCUGCUCAGCAAGACGGAAAGCUGCCGUUUGUGCCCGGAGAGGAGGACAUGAUUCUGGGAGUGUCCAAGUACGGCGUCAAAGUGUCCUCACUGGACCAGUGUGACGUGCUGCAUCGUCACCCUCUGUACCUGAUCGUGCGCAUGCUGUGUUACGACGAUGGCCUCGGCGCAGGGAAGAACCUCCUGGCUCUCAAAACCACUGAUCCGGAGCAAGAAGAGUGCAGCAUCUGGGUGUACCAGUGCAGCAGCUCCGAGCAGGCUCAGUCCAUCUGCAAAGUGCUGUCGGCUUCUUUCGACUGCGCUCUGACGUCAGACAAGUCCUGAGGUCAGAGACACGGACUGCUGCAGAGAUCUGUCCAGAAACAAACGCAGCAACAGAUAAUAAGAAAACCACCAUACCUGCAGUUUGUUUGUUAAACACGUAACCAUUUCCCUUUUCACCCAACUUUACUGUGUUAUUAUUAACAGAGGUGAAGUGCAGGGUAAAUCUGCCGCUCUGUUAGUUUUUACGAUUCAUGAUUCAAGCUCGCUGGCUGAGUCAUGUUCAGUCAUCCUCCCUUCUUUCUCCAUUGAGUCACAUCCACAGAGAAUUUGUCUCAAUCAUUUCCCUGGAAUUAGCUUCCUUUACCUCACCUCUUCCUUCGACCUUAAAAAUAAAGUUUGGAAAGGAGGGAAAUGGUUGCAUUAAAAAAAAUAACUUUGGAGCACAGUGCACAGUUUUAAUCUAGGAAAUGUAACUGCCUCAUAUUUAUAUAAAUGACGGUACAUGAUGCUGCAACACGUCUCCACCAUGUGAUCAUUCAUGGGAGACAUUAAAAACUUGACGGUACAGUUUUUGCGACAGUUUGUUUCUCAUCACGUGGAAAACCACUCUGAUCAGAGGUUUUAAAUCAUUUUGUGUCUUUGUGUCGAAACAGUGUCGGUACAACAGCAGUCACCGUUUCUUAAUACGUUUUGUGCCCAUUUCUUAUUUACUCUUGUUUCAAAUUUCUUGUUUAGUCUUUGAUUUUUGAUUUGAUUUUACACCCGACACCAGAUAAUUCGUAAUGGGCUGUAAAAUAGCAUUAGAAAGAUUUAGGAGCAACAAAAAAGUGUUUACAUUUGUGGCACUAACUGGACAUCACUUAGUACAUAUACUCUUCCUGUUCACCUCAUUCCAGUUAAGCUUGGGUUUUGAAAUGUAUUUGAUCUGGUACAAUAAAGAAGAAGUUUUGUUUUUGAAGUAUUU